AUGACUGGAAGAAAAUUUGUUUGUAGAAAAGAUGGAAAUUGUAAUUUUGAUAAAAAGAAUAGAUGUGCUUGCCGAGCAUGUCGGUUUCGAAUUUGUGUAGAGGCUGGUAUGAAUGAAUCAGCAAUUCAACGAAUUCCUUCUUCCAAUCUAAGUUUUUCUAUUGCCCGUAGACGUAUUCAAAAAAAUAAAAAUGAGAAUACUCAACAAGAAGAAGUUAAUUCAAAAACAUUAAAUAUUACAAAUACUUUAAUUACAAAUAAUGAAAGCGAAGUCCUUUCUUUAAUUAGAGAAACACUUUGUUUGGAAGAAAAAUUGGAAAAAUUACGUUUUUCUUAUUUUAAUCCAAAAGAUAAAAAUUUAAAAAUUAUCGAGGCUAUUGAAGAACCAACCAUUUUCUCCAACAUUAGCAAAUAUCCAGUAAAAAUUUUUAGUUAA